AUGAGUGACAGAAAGAUUGGCAAGCCUGUUUCCAAAUCCCCCAGGAAGCCAGGCACCUUGCCAGCAUAUGAAUCUCCACGAUCUGCUCCCACGCCUAGUGACACGGCUCGAUCUAAAAAGACACCAGCUGCACAACCAGCUGCAGCUUCGACAAGUCGCCCAACUGCAGCGUUUGUUCGCGGUAAUGCUUUCUCUGAGAUGAGAGCGCGAGGCAUCGACACCAGCAAGCUGCCUCGAAAAAGCUCUGCAAGCUCAGACCCCUCCAGUCCAAACUACAAAAUCCCGCGGAUUGGCUCGAGCCUGGAUUAUGAUAGGGAGCUGGCCAUCCCCAUGCCCAAACCGCCCCAGAGACGUUACAAUACAAGUGAGAAAAGUGGUCCUUCCCCAAACCCUGCUCCCUUCUCCCACUUGCGGAAGGGUUCAUUACCAGAGGCUGUUGUCCCAAACAAACAGGUUGAUAACAUUUAUGCAACGGUUGGGAAGAAACGAUCUCGCCUGCAGACACUGAAGUCGAAGCUCAGUUUCAAGGACCUUCACAAGGAGGCGACAACCCGUGACCAGGUGGUUCCCCCUCUUCCCAGCGGCUUGUCAUCCGAGAAGCAUGAUGCUAGCAAGGUCUCAGUUCCUGGAUCUCCUGCUGCCCCGGCGACGUGUGAAAGUCCCCGUAUUCAGGACGGUACUGCAAACAGCAGAUUGUCGACGCCGUCAUCGGUACCAGGUGCUAAGGUGGAUCUGAAUAACGACAAUGAGAAACCUGCAGUAGGUCCAAUUCCACGGCUUCGACCCAAGGCUUCGACCUCUCCCUCAAGCCCUGGACUCUCUACCCCUGAAGGGUUGCCCCCAAAGAGCAAAACUUCUUUAUCUGGCAGUUCAGCAGAAGGCGACACACCUCCCACGCAUGGUGAUCGCUCUAAUGGCUCAAGCAGAUUCAAGUAUCUUCCUAGAUUGUGGCCCGACAACUCUAUGCCAUCGACUCCAUCUCCGGCACCCAGAGCAAUACAUCCUGCGCACCGCUUACUUGGAGCAGGGCUGACAUCUAGCCCCCUCUCAAAAACUGUUUCUCAAGGCGACGAAAGUCCUGGCGAAAUCGAGCCGCUGCUGCUUGAAAGCACAGAAAUACUUGAGACUGGAGAUCUUAGCCCUUACGCAGCCGAGUUUGCGAAAAUCGUUAGAGCUAUCCAGGGGCAAACGGACAUCAAGAUUAACAAAUUGAGUGUGACUGUCUCGGAGUUGUCCAAGUGGGUGCAUGAUCAACUUGAUGCUCGAGCUGCAGAUAUCGAAGAUAUCAAGCGCACAAAUGCUGAGCUUCUUUCGCGAAUGUCAGCAGUUCAGGAGGGACUCCGUAAGUCAAGGCUGAGCGCAGAGCUGGAUCUCGCAAAGACAACUCAGCGAGUGAAGCAUCUCGAAGAAAGGUUCGCAAUAGCCGACAGAGAGGAUAUUGAGCCCUUGAAGAAGACCGCGAAGGGGCUGAACGAGAAGAUUAACGAUAUGAGUGAUCGGUGUCGGGAAAGUACAGUCAAACUUUCCCGGCUCGUGGACACCUAUGGAAAGAAGCUUACGAAGAUUGAAAAGGAACGGUCAAAGUUCUCUUCGCCUCCGGUCAAAUUCGGUUCUUUCUCGAGCGAGCGUAGUGAGCUCAGCUCUGGAUCAGUGUCAUCUUCGUUAACCCGACUAUCUCCACUUCCGCGGUCCAUCACUGGUUUCUUACCCCGGCAGAGUGGCACGCUCAAUGGCUCACAAACGACAAAGACAGGGUCUAUCUUUCCCCGCAGCUUGUCUUUCAAGAGCAAGGGAGUUUCUUCUCCCGCUGGAUCCAGUGCCCCGAGCAGUUUCAGUCAGCCUCAGGACAGAGCUUGCAGUGCCAGCGAGCCGAAGAAGCGACCUCCUCUGUCCUUUGGUAAACAGGACACUGACGGCUCUGGUUCGACUCAUUCUACAGGCAAGUAUUCCUGGCUUCCUCGUCUUUCAAGGGAAGAGCAACGAGGAUGUGAUGAGCGGGUGUACAUCUCAUCCGUCCCUUUGCCCCCUGAAAACAGCUCGCCCUUUGAUGAAGAACAUAAAAUCUGGGAGCGUGGGACCACUCCCGCAAGCGAAAGCCAAGCACUAGGCGUUGAUCUACGGACCGACACUUCAACAGAACCAUCAACCCCAGUCCCUGCUUCGGAGGUAGAUUCAUCGCCAAACUUGCCCGAUCUACCCUGUCUCUCUGUCGAUCAAGCGAGAAGCAACUCUGGAUCAUAUGCUCCAGAGAGGGCUCUUCCACGAAUUCCUGAUAUUCCGCAUGAGGAAUCGUCUUCACACCGGUGGCUUCCUGUUAAGUCUGCUACAUCCAAUGCUCAAAGACAGAUUCUUUCAUCUGCCAGAUCAGUGGAGGACAUGCGUCGUCGACGUUCUCAGAAAGCUCGUGACGGGAGCGUCUCAGGCAAGUAA